AUGUCUUAUUUGGUCAUACUUGAAACAAGUUCUUCAACAUCUGCAGGUGCAUUUAUAGCUACAAGAGAAACAACUUUAGGUCUUAGUCCUCUAAGAAUAUGGCGAAGUUUCUGGAAGACCAGUCCAUGA